AUGGAUGUUUGUUCAUCAAUAAAGAUUCGUUUAUUGCGUUUAUAUUUUGAUGUUUGCUUGGAUGAAAUCGUUGUGUUCUUGCUUCAUUUAAUUGAUUGUUUUGCAAAAAUUCUCAAAUUCUUGAGUAAAUUCUUGAGUCUGAAAUCUGCUUUUGAAUUGAUCGCGAAGCAUUUUCUAUGCCUAGAAAUCUCUGCAACUUCGCAUGUGCAUAGUACCAGCAACUCUACAAUCGCUACACAAUGUGCCUCGCUCACCUCCAAGAAUCGCUCAAAGAAGUCGACGCUUCGUGAAGAGAACGACAAUCUCCGAGUCGCCAAUACAGAUUUGGUGAAUCGCUUAAGCCUCCUGUCUCAGGCCACAAUCCAGAACUGCCUUCUCUCCUCAUCUCAUCCACCUCUCUCCUUCGUCAACGACUUCAAUUGUCUGAGUGUUGGAGGCGGAGGCACCGUUCGUGACAAUCGUGUUUCCGAAGAAAUUUCAAAUAUCAGUCCAACGAGCGUGAUCGAACACAACCGAAUCGAACGAAGGAGUACAGAGAGAGUUGUGUUGCCGAAGAGCAUUUCGGUUCGUUCGAGAGGUUACCUGAAGAUGACUCAACGUGGUGGUGGAAGCAAUGGAGGUCCCAGUCGAAGCAAUCAAGUCAAGAGCCCAAUCCUGAAUGGAUCUCAAAGAGUGUAUGUGCCUGGGGGGAAGAGAGAGGAGGAGGCGUUGGAGUUCGAGGUGUACAAUCAAGGGAUGUUCAAGACGGAGCUCUGCAACAAGUGGCAAGAGACUGGAAAGUGUCCUUACGGCGACAACUGCCAAUUCGCACAUGGCAUCACGGAGCUCCGUCCGGUGAUCAGGCAUCCACGAUACAAAACUGAGGUCUGCCGCAUGCUUCUCUCCGGUGACAGCUGCCCUUACGGCCACCGUUGCCACUUUCGCCAUUCUCUCACACAGCAGGAAAGGCUCUUGGGUCCACACCGAAUCAAUGACCAUACUGGUUGAGAUAUGAUGGCCUAGGUUAUGUUGCGAUGUACAUAAUCCGAGCCCCUCUCAUAAAAAAAUAAUCUGAAUAGUAUUAGUAAAUAAAAUAAAAAUGAGAAAUUAAAUAUGUUAAUGAUAUUUUUUGAGAAAAUAAUUUUUGGAAGGCGUGGAAAAUGUUAGAAUUGAGGAGAGGAAAAAAAAAAAUAGAGGGCAGAGGAAAUGUAUUCUCUUGUAAGUUGUUGGAUUUCAUUUUUUUUUUCGUUUUUUUAAUUUUGAUUAACAAACAUGUGGUUGGGCAUUACCAAAUGACCAACCAAACAACCAAACUCACUGUGUGUAAUGAUGAUGAUAUAUUCAUGGGGUUACAAUUUCAUGAUCUAAA